AUGGACGAACGCGUUCAUGCUACAGUACGAUGGGUUGAGGCGUCAGUCAAAGCCUCACCCUACAUCUGGAGUGCAGCCGGUCUGACCUUUCUACUUGGCGUGCAAGUACUCUUGGCAGUGGCCAUUCUUCAUGGGGAUGAGGCCACUGUGAGAAGACAACUAAUCUCUCUGCAACGGAUCGAUAGCGACAACAUCACGGCAUCGGAUGAGAGCAUGGAGCCAAAUGAUACCGAAGAGAAGAACACCAGUAGCCAAUCAGCAGACCAGGUCAUUCAACUUUCUCCAAUCGCUUCAUGCGCUACUAUCAAAGUCAACUUAAAUCAGCACCCUGAUGAAAAACGCAAAUACAACAACUUUUACAUGUUUGCCGUUGACUCUCACCAAGCAGACGACCAGGGGUUCGCUAUCUGGAAAUCUCUGGAUCAGCAGACCAAUCCUGCAUUAUCCCAAAUCAAGACCGAACUAUGGCUCCCAAAACCCAACGACGAAAAAAGCGAUCCUUUGGUAGAAGCCGGUGGGUGCAUAGUCAUGUCAUUUUCUGAUCCUGCGGUACCAAGUUGGCUGGAUCAGAUCGCUGGAAUGAUUGGCAAGAAUUUGCAGACGCCUCAAGUUACUUGCAUUCUGCCACUGAAAUUUUCGCUGGAGGAAACCGGACAGAAUAAUAUCAUUAUGAGGCCAUUCAACAUUGAUGGGGAGGCCGAGAAGGGGCUGGAUUUGGAGAAGUUUCCUGCGUUUUCGGAUAUUCUGCCAAAGCUGAGACUCUUCCUCGGGUAUCCUGAGCAGCAAAGAAUCACAAUCUUUAAGCGAGCAUAA